AUGUCCUUCCCAGUUCUCUGCAUAAACCCUUUCCAAGGAUAUUUCCCCCAGGAGCCUGAGUCGUACGGGAACGAACUGGGCGAGCUACCGCCCCCAGUCCUGAUCUGGGGUAACCUCCGACUAGAAUGUGGAGAACCCUGUCUGCCGCUGCAGAUUUCCUCACUCGGUUCCGCUUUCGGCAUGGAUUCGCGCGCGGAGGUUGGGGAGACGCUCGUGCCAUCGUGGGGCUUUCGGCUUAAUGAUAUUGGCAUGCCCAUCAGCCGGCGGGAUGUGGACAUUGGCGUUGACACUGAGUCCAGCACGCCUGGUUGA